AUGGGAAGGAGGAGUGAGUCCGAACUCCGCUGCAGCCUAGGCUGGAAGCUGCUCCUGGCAGCUUGGGCUUUCUCAAUCCGAUUCGUGGCAGUGGCUGUUACCGGAUCAGAUGACACAGUGUCUGCCUACUCUACUGAGAAUACCACUUCUGCUGUGCUAAACAUCGACAAUUCCUCAUCUCUCCCUCAUUCUUAUGCCCCAGAUCCCCAGACAGCUACCCCUGUCCCUCGCCUCAAGGAUUCCCCAAAUGUUUCCACUACCCCCAGCUACUCCCCUUGGCCAACCCCCGGUGAAUCCUCCCAAGCUCUAGCAGAUGGAUUAGGGAAGAGUUCCAUGGCAGAACAGCUCCAGGGUGAGGGGCUGGAUGGUGGAACUGGGACUGGACAGCUGGGUUGGGAGCAGGGAGUAAAUGGCAGCCACCCUGGGUCAGAGGAACUGGGUGGCCUAGGGGUAACUUCCCCUCCUUUGGCCAAUGACUUGGAUCAGGAGCUUGGGGGCUGCCUAGGUUGCCAGGGAACUGAGCAGGUGUUGGAGGAGGAGCCACCCAGCCCUGCCAGCCCAUCUACUGGACAAAUUGCAGUCCCUGGCUUAGACUGGGUAAAAGGGGUGGAGGGAAUCGGGGGGACUUUUGGACCAACAGGAGGGACCACUGCAUUCGAAGAGAAUCAGUACACCAAGUUGGGCUUAUUUGAAGAGGCCACCAAUCUCACAACCCAAGGGGCAGAAGGAAGCACUGACUACACCCGGAUGGACUUGGAGAUGCAGUUGUGGUCCCAGGUGGGUACCAUCCCUGCCCUCCAACCCCUGACAACAAGUGAGCCCUCCGAGCUGCCCACAGAUUACAUUUACGACCCUGAAAAUAGUACAACCAUUGGCAGAUUUCCCAUUGCUGAAGCUUCAGAUGUUCCCAUGACAUCAUCCAACUUAGGCUCCACGGAAGAUUACUUGCCUGACCUUCCUGCCUUGACACAUGGUCCUGAUGUCAGUGUCUCAGAUAUCCAAAUGGCCACAUUAUAUUAUUGGGAUGAAAUCUCCACUGAGCUGGAGGAUGAUAAUGAGCUUAGGCUGACCACAGUCUCUCCUAAGAUACAGACCAUGUUGGUGAAGGAAGAAGGCAUAAACAUGCAGACUGAGCCCAACCAGGACUUCAGAUCAGAAUCUUUCUUCAAGAAAAAUGCCUUCACUGGUUCCUCUGGCUCAGGGAGCAGACGAGACACUAGCCUAUCACCCCCUGUUCUUGGAGAAAAUGGGAGUGACUGCAAGCUGGGAUACCUGAAGCAGAAUAAGUCUUGCAAGUCCAUUUGUGACAUGGUCCCAAACUACUGCUACAAUGGUGGGCAGUGUUACAUCAUGGAAAAUGUUGGAGCUAUUUGCAGAUGUAACGCUCAGGACUACAUCUGGCACAAAGGGAGUCGAUGUGAGUUUAUCAUCACAGAGUUUCAAGUGAUGUGUAUAGCAGUUGGCUCCUCAGCAGUGGUGAUCCUGCUCCUCUUCAUGCUCACUGUCUUCUUUGCAAAGAAGGUGUACUCCUUAAAAACUGAAAACAAAAAACUUCGGAAAAGGAGCAAAUACAGGCCUCAGCUGGAACAACACAAUGACAAUUUCUCUCUCUCCACCAUUGCUGAAGGCUCCCAGGCAAAUGUAAGAAAACUCUGCACCAUUUCAUCUAAUGUUUUACCCCAUGCCCAUGUGUUGGUUUACUAUGAUAUUAUAUGUCAGGAUGAUGCAAACGGACAAAAUAAAACUCAAGAUUCAAUAAAAACUUGCCCGAAAGACGGAGACUCACUAAACGUGCAAAACAACUGGACGCCAAAACACGACAACAAAGACAGCGCGAGUGCUGAGGCAAACUCGCUACAGAACAACAUGAUGUAA